CGUAAGACGAUCACAAAACUCCAACAAAAUGAAGGUUUCUCCUUUGUUCGUGUUUGCAGUCAGUGUCCUGUUAUGUUGGCAUUGCAGUAGUGGUCAGCAGAGAGGGUUGUUUCCGGCUGUGCUAAACCUUGCCAGCAUGGCUGAUAUUACUUCCAACGCUACCUGUGGUCAAAAUGGGUCUGAAAUGUACUGCAAGCUGGUGGAACAUGUUCCUGGGCGACCAUUUAGGAACCCACAGUGCAGGAUCUGCGACUUGAACAGUAGAAAUCCGAAGGAACGACAUGAAAUAUCAAAUGCAAUUGAUGGGACCAACAGAUGGUGGCAAAGCCCCAGCAUUCAAAACGGAAUGGAGUAUCAUUAUGUGACUAUCACUUUGGACCUAAAACAGGUGUUCCAGAUUGCAUAUGUUAUAGUAAAAGCAGCUAAUUCUCCACGCCCUGGGAACUGGAUUUUAGAACGCUCCAUAGAUGGAAUCAUUUACAAACCAUGGCAGUACUAUGCUAUAACAGAUACAGAAUGUCUUACUCGCUACAACAUUGUGCCUCGACCAGGUAACCCAACGUAUACAUCGGACGAUGAAAUUAUUUGCACUUCAUUCUACUCGAAAAUUCAACCUCUGGAAAAUGGUGAGAUUCAUACUUCCCUUAUCAAUGGAAGGCCAAGUGCUGAAGAUCCAUCCCCUACUUUAUUGGAGUUCACCUCAGCUCGUUAUAUUCGUCUGAGGCUUGAAAGAAUAAGAACACUUAAUGCUGAUCUAAUGACACUGGCGUACAAUGAUCCAAAAGAUAUUGAUCCGAUUGUUACAAGAAGGUAUUACUACUCGCUGAAAGAUAUUUCUGUCGGUGGGAUGUGCAUCUGCUAUGGACAUGCGAGUGCUUGCCCUCUUGAUUUAGUAACCAAUAAAUUUAGCUGCAAAUGUGAACACAAUACCUGUGGAGAAAGUUGUGAUCGCUGCUGUCCUGGAUUCCAUCAAAAACCAUGGGCAGCUGGAACAUUUUACAGCAGCACGUUAUGUGAACAAUGUAAUUGCCAUGGAAAAGCUAAAGAUUGUUACUACGAUGAGAAUGUAGCAAACAGGAGCCAGAGUUUAAAUAUAAAGGGAGAAUACAUUGGUGGUGGUGUAUGCAUUGAUUGUGUGAACAAGACAACAGGGAUAAACUGUGAGACCUGCAUUGAUGAAUAUUUCAGACCAGAAUGGGUUUCUCCUUAUGAACCAAAUCCAUGCAUACCUUGUUUUUGCAAUCUAAUUGGGUCCUUUCAUAAUAAAUGUAUUAAGGAUAUCAAGCACAUUGAAGGAGGUCUGCUUCCUGGGUCCUGCCACUGCAAGGCUGGUUAUGGUGGAGAUAAAUGUGACAGAUGUGCAUUUGGUUUCACUGGAUAUCCAGACUGCGUCCCAUGUACCUGUAAUAUUGAUGGAAGCCUGAAUGCUGACCCAUGCGUUGAGCCUUGUGUUUGCAAGGCCAAUACCGAAGGAGAAAAUUGUGCCCAAUGUAAAACAGGGUUCUUCAACUUGCGCUCAGAGAAUUACUAUGGUUGUGAAAGGUGUUUCUGUUCAGGAGUAUCUAGUGUCUGCGAAAGCUGUCAAUGGAGAUACGAUAAUGUGACUGACAUGUUUGGUUGGUUCCUCACGGAUUUAGAAGGUAUUUCAAACAUCCUGCCGAGGCAGGAGUUCUUGGUUAGACAGCAGCAGGUGAUCAUAAAUGAAGAUAAAGAUAGACGGGUUUUAUCUUGGCAGUACUACUGGAGCGCGCCAAGUGCAUAUUUGGCCCGUAAGCUGACAGCAUAUGGAGGGAAAUUGAUUUUCACCAUCUCUGCCGACUCCACAGGACAUCUCUCACACAAUCAAAAGUCCCAAGUCAUCCUCGAGGGUAAUGGCAUCCUCAUAAGUAAUGGUGCUGAUGGAAUUAAGCUCGAUCCACUGACAGAGCACACCAAAAUGAUAGUUUUACGACCAGAGAACUUUGUGAUUCAUUCCACAAUGUCACCUGUAAACAGAAAAGACUUCAUGACUGUUCUGGCAAACGUUACCCGUCUUCUCAUAAGGGCCACCUAUAACUACGACCAGACUGCCAUCUAUGGGUUGAGCUCUGUUAUACUCCAGACAGCUAAUCCAAAUUCAUUAGGCCAACAGACAGCUACAAGCGUUGAGAUUUGCCACUGCCCUCCUGAGUACUCUGGCACAUCUUGUGAAUCCUGCGCACAGGGAUACAGAUGGGUAAAUGGCACCCUCUAUGGAGGAAUCUGUGUACCGUGUUCUUGUUAUGGCCAUUCUAGCUAUUGUGAUGACAUUACUGGAGAAUGUUUGAAUUGCCAACAUGAUACCACUGGCAGGUUUUGUGAUAAAUGUCGGCCUGGCUUUUAUGGAGAUCCAACUCGGGGGACACCCAAUGAUUGCCACCCUUGCAGUUGCCCAUUACUAAUUUCUACAAAUAAUUUCAGUCCGACUUGUCACCUGGAUUCUAGGGGAGAGACAAUAUGUGACCAGUGUGCUCCUGGAUAUGCAGGAUCUCGAUGUGACCGGUGUUCUGAAGGCUUCUUUGGACGCCCCAACAAACCAGGUGGAUUAUGCCAACCCUGCCAAUGCAAUUAUAACCUUGAUUUGUCUGUACCUGGCAGCUGUAAUUCAUUGACAGGAGAGUGUCUUCGUUGUAUUGAGGGAGUUUCUGGUCAGUUCUGUGAUCAAUGUGCUGCAGGUUUCUUUGGAGAUGCUGUUGUAGCCCGGAAUUGCCGACCCUGUGACUGUCAUGUCAAUGGAUCCGUUGCUGAGCUCUGUGACAAGCAGACUGGACAGUGCCAGUGUAAACACAAUGUUGUAGGAAGACAGUGUGAUCAUUGUUUGCCCAACUGCUGGUGGGACCAUGAAAAGAAGGUUUGCAUGCCAUGUCUGUGCAGUCCUAUCGGUUCCAUGUCACUCCGGUGUGAUCAAACAGGGACCUGUAUCUGUAAGCCAGGUUUCUUGGGGAAGCACUGUGCUCUCAACAGACAGCUCUAUGAACAACAGUACGAUGAGGGUUCAGAGGUGGCAAAACCAAUUCAAAUCCAACGUCGACGAUGGUGGGAAACUGGCAUUGGUGGCUGUCCACGGGGGGCAUACAAGCCUGCCACAGCCUCUACCAGAGGGAGCGAAACUUAUUACCUGCAUUCUUCAAGGGGCUGUAUUCCCUGUAAUUGCAAUUCAUUUGGAUCUAAAUCAUUUGACUGUGAUGAUAAAGGCCAGUGCAGAUGUCAGCCUGGAGUGGCAGGGCAGAAAUGUGAUCGAUGUGCUCUUGGCUUCUACCACUUUCAAGAAGGAGGAUGUAUUCCAUGUGAAUGUGCCCAUGUUGGCAAUCAUUGUGAUUCAGAAACCGGACAGUGUCGCUGCCCUCCAAAUACUGUGGGAGAAAAAUGCGACAAAUGUGCUGCAAAUUUUUGGGGUCAUAACUUUGUCAGUGGAUGUAAACCCUGUAAUUGUUCAGUUGUGGGAUCUUUAAACCUUCAGUGUGAUGAUGCAACAGGCUGCUGCUUCUGCCGUCCAGAGUUCACAGGAGAGAAAUGUGACCGAUGCAGAGUAGGUUACUGGAACUAUCCACUGUGCCGGCACUGUGACUGUGAUCUGGCAGGGACAGAGAGGCAAACAUGUGAUGAAGCUGGAAUUUGUUCAUGUGCGGAAUACAGUGGACAAUGUAACUGUAAGGUAAACGUGGAGGGCAUCAGUUGUGAUAGGUGCAAGACUGAUGCUUUUACACUCUCUUCAAACAAUCCUCAUGGAUGCAGUAACUGUUACUGCUCAGGUGUGACUACACAAUGUACUGAGGCAAAAGGACUGAUCCGCAAGAGACUGAUGCUGAAUCCUGACCAGACUGUACUGAAAAUAGUAAAUAAAUUCAAUGACCGUGAAACAACCGAUGGUGUCUUUCAUCAGCAUCCAGAGAUAGUAGCUAAUGUAGAUGUAGUAAUUAAACACCUUCUGUAUGAACCUUUUUACUGGAGACUUCCAGAGCAGUUUGAAGGUGAAAAGCUCAAAGCAUAUGGUGGCAAGUUGAGAUACGCCAUUUAUUUUGAAGCUCGCGAGGAAGUGGGUCAAUCCACCUAUGAACCACAGAUCAUUAUGAGAGGUGGUCCCACAGGAGAGUUGACCAUUGUACGGCAUGUAUCUGCUCCUCAAAUCGGUCAGUUGACUAGGCACGAAGUAGAGCUCACUGAGCAUGAUUGGAAAUAUGACAACUCACCAGAUGGCAGACCUGUGUCUCGCAAAGACUUCAUGGAUUUGCUGUAUGACGUUAAUUCCAUUCUCAUCAAGGCAUCCUAUGGGACGUUCAUGAGACAAACCAGAAUCUCUGAGAUAUCUAUGGAAGUGGCUGAAGCCAGUGAUCGCUACGUCCAUGCUGAACAAGCCCAACAGAUUGAGCAAUGCUUUUGUCCAGAAGGUUAUUCUGGCCUGUCAUGCCAGGAUUGUAUGCUUGGUUAUUACAGAGUACCAUCGAGAUCAACAAUCAGAGAGCACAGACCAGUGACAUGGAGCUGUGUCCAAUGUCAGUGCAAUGGCCAUAGUGACAUUUGUGACAGCAAGACUUCAGUUUGUCAGAAUUGUCGUGACAACACUGCUGGUGCGCAUUGUGAGGUGUGUGCUCCUGGGUACUAUGGAAUAGUAAGAGGAUCUCCAAAUGACUGUCGUCCUUGUGCUUGUCCUCUUCAAAUCUCUAGUAACAACUUUAGUCCUACCUGUGUUAUAGAAGGACAUAAUGCUUAUCGUUGCGAUGCAUGUAAAGAAGGAUAUGAGGGCCUGCACUGUGAAAGGUGUGCACCUGGUUACUAUGGUAAUCCAAGAAUUGAAGGAAACGCUUGUAUACAAUGUGAGUGUGAUCCUAUUGGUUCAUUACCUGUACCAUGUGACAAAUUCACUGGUCAGUGUAGUUGCAAACCAGGAAUGAGGGGCUGGACCUGCGAUAGCUGCAUGGAGUGGCAUGCUCGCGAGGGCACGAGAUGUAUUUCUUGUGAUGAUGAAUGCACUGGACUUCUGCUGAAUGACCUUGAACAACUUAAUCAGCUAAUUACCAGGCUGAAUCUCUCAGGACCCCUCCCCCCACCUUAUAAAGUGCUUUAUAGAUAUGAAAAUAUAUCUCAGGAAUUGAAGUACCUCAUGUCGCCCCAGAGAGCACCAGAGAGACUUCUACAGCUUGCUGAUAGUAACCUGGACACAUUAAUCACAGAGAUGGAUGAGCUACUGAAUAGAACAACAAAAGUUUCAGCAGAUGGUGAACAAACUGAUAAGGACACAGAAAAGACUGACAAACGAGCAAAGGAGUUAGAAAAAUCCAUUAGAUAUACUAUGUUGGCUACCCAAGAUUUAAAAGAAAAAGCUAAAAAAUUAAAUGAUACCCUUCGAAUCAAGGAUGGGGUCACAGACAGAAAUCUACAGCAUAUUCAUCAAGAUAUUGAAAAGAUGAUAGCAGAGAUGCGUGGCAGAUCAUUUGAUAAACAUGAGGAAAUGGUUGAAGAUGAACUCGAUGCAGCCCGCGUACUAUUAGAGAGAGUGAAAAAGUUGUUCGACAAUCCACAUAAGAACACACAAGGGCUGAAGGAUGAGGUUCAGAAGAAACUCGCUGAUUACAAAAACAAAUUUGAUGAAGCACAAGAGCUACUGAAAGAAGCACAAGAAAAAAUCAAGGAGACCAAUCACUUGUCUGCUGUUAAUCAGAGAAACAUGACUGUAUUGGAGAUGAGGAAACAGGCAGUCGAGGGUGGUAAAAAGGAUACAGAAGAUGUCCUUAACGAAGGUCAUUAUCUUAUAGCUGAAGCGAAGCAGCUUUUGGGAGAAAUUUCUUUGGGAUUAGAUGAACUUGAAGAACAAGAACAUUUAGAGCCAUUAAUUGCAGAACUAAAAGACAAAAUGGAUGAACUGGCAGCUGGCAUUCAUGAUGAGAAACUUCCAGACCUAGUCCUUAGAGCAGAGUAUCAUGCUGCAGUACUUAAUGACUCAUCUGGAAUCCUGGAUGGUAUCCUUGCUGAAGCCAAGAAUCUAUCCUUUAAUGCAACAGCAGCCUUCAGGGCUUAUACUAAUAUUAAAGAUAAAAUUGAUGAAGCUGAAAAAGUUGCAAAAGAAGCCAAGGAAACAGCCAACCAAGCUGUGAGACUGGCAUCUGGUCCAGAUGGAUCUUUGAAGGAAACUGCCAAAAGCUCACUGCAGAGAAGCUUCAGACAGUUAAAUGAAGGAAAACGAUUGGGAACAGAUGUGAAAGAGAAAAGAGAUAACUUGAAUAACUUAGAAAAUAGGCUAAAUGAUGGUACAACCAAAAACAAAAACUUGCUGAAAGCCUUAAACGAUACACUUGCGAAACUUCAUGCCAUUCCCAAAGAUGCAAGUGCCAAGAUACAAGCAGCUAAAGAGAAAGCCAAACAGGCAAAUGACACUGCAAAUGCAGUGCUGGCAGAAAUAAAAGAUUUAAACCAGAAUCUCCUGGGAUUGCAGGACAACUGUAGCAAACUCAAAGAUGAUGUGGCCAAAGCAAAUGCUGCCAUUAAUAUCCCAGCUAAGACAAUUGCUGAUGCUGAUAUGAAAGUUAAAGAAUUGGAAGAUAAAACCGAUAAGUUGAUGGAUAAACUGAAACCAAUCAAGAAUCUUCAGGACACUCUCGGAAGGAAUAUCUCUCACAUUAAAGAUCUUAUAAAUCAAGCCCGUAAACAUGCCAACUCCAUCAAAGUAUCAGUUUCAUCUGGUGGUGACUGCAUCCGUACUUACCGUCCCGAUAUUAAAAAGGGCACCUACAACUCUAUUGUUCUGAAUGUGAAAACAUCGGAGCUGGAGAAUCUACUAUUUUAUCUUGGUAGUGCACGAUAUACUGAUUUCUUAGCAAUUGAGAUGCGUAAAGGCAAAGUCAACUUUCUGUGGGAUGUAGGAUCUGGUGUUGGACGUGUUGAAUACCCAGACUUAGUCAUUAAUGACCAAUACUGGUAUAGAAUUGAAGCCUCAAGGUUUAGGAGAAAUGGUACAAUUUCUGUGCGUGCACUAGACGGACCAAGAGCAAGCAUCGUCCCAACUACUCAUAGUGCAGUCUCACCUGAGGGCUAUACAAUUCUUGACGUGGAUGAAAAUGCCUACCUGUUUGUUGGUGGUCUAACAGGAGAAGUAAAGAAAUCAGAUGUUGUCAAAACAACCACUUUCUCGGGCUGUAUGGGAGAAACUUCACUGGAUCGUAAACCUAUUGGAUUAUGGAAUUACAGAGACAGACAGGGCGAAUGCAAAGGCUGUGUGGUGAGUCCACAACCCACUGACACUGAAGGCACUGUACAGUUUGAUGGAGAAGGUUAUGCAGCUGUUGGUCGACCAACUCGCUGGAAUCCAAAUGUAUCAGCAAUUGCGUUCAAAUUCAGGACUUUUACUGCAGAUGCACUACUCAUGUACCUUGCCACAAAGGAUCUGAAAGACUUCAUGAGUGUUGAACUGACGAAUGGACGAAUAAAGGUUAGCUAUGACCUUGGCUCAGGUGCAGCCAAUAUCACCAGUAAGGGACGUUACAAUGAUGGAAAAUGGAAGUCUUUCACCUUAUCAAGAAUUCUGAAACAAGCAAAUAUUUCCAUACGUGAUGUAUUAAAUAAUAAGGAAGAAAGCUUCAUCGUAAUUUCCCCAGGAACGAACUUUGGUCUUAAUCUUAAAGCUAAUGAGAAGAUAUAUUUUGGUGGUUUGCCUAUAUUGAAAAAUUUAAGGCCUGAAGUCAGUUUAAAGAAAUAUAGUGGUUGCCUCCGAGAUAUAGAAAUUUCACAGUCACCAUAUAAUUUGUUGAGUGGCACAGAUUACCUGGGAUUAACAAAAGGCUGUAGUUUAGAGAAUGUCCACACUGUUAGCUUCCAUAAACCAGGAUUUGUUGAGCUUCAGCCACAUGCAUUGAACGUAGGCACAGAAAUAUCUUUUUCCUUCAGCACUAAAAAUGAGACUGGAAUGAUACUUUAUGGAAGUGGAAAGGCCCCAGCUCAACUCAAGAGGAAACGCCGCCAAACUGGACAGGUCUACUAUGCAGUUUUCCUAAACAGAGGGCGCUUGGAAGUACACGUUGCUAUGGGAACCCGAGAACCUCGUCGUGUGACAAUUAGACCAGAAUCUGGCGUGUUUAAUGAUGGAAAGGAACAUAGUGUUAGACUGCACAGAUCAAGAGGGUAUCUCACUGUGCAAGUGAAUGAAGAAAAGGCUCAAAGGAAAAGUCUACCUAAUGAUCUGCCUCUCGACAUUAAGCGGCUGUUUGUUGGAGGUGUCCCUGCCUCAUUCCAAGUCAGUCAGUUAAGAAGUAUCACACAUUUCGAAGGCUGUAUAUGGAAUUUAGUAGUUAAUUCAAUACCAUUGGACUUUGCUCAACCAGUGUAUUUUGAGCAUGCAGAAAUUGGAAGGUGCCCAACAUUAAAACAUCCAAAACCACUUAUUGAAGAUGUUGAAGAGAUUGAUACAGCUGAAAUCACAAUCAAACCUAUUUCAGAAAUAAAAAGAAUUCCUACUCCUGCUCCUAAUAUGUGUGCUCCGGACAUUCACCCGAUUGCACUGCUGGGAGUGAAGCGGUUUGGCUUAUCCAAAAAUAGUCAUGUUGCCAUUGAGUUUGAUGACACCAAAGUGAAAACUAGGCUUAUAAUUGAGUUUGAAAUCCAAACAGAAGCAGAAUCUGGUCUUGUAUUUUAUAUGGCAAGAAUUAAUCAUGCAGACUUUGCAACCAUUCAGAUAAAAGAUGGAAUGGCUCAUUUCAGCUAUGAUCUUGGAAGUGGAAAUGCAAGCACAGUUGUUCAAAAAAAGAUAAAUGAUGGUGAAUGGCAUAAGGUCAGAAUUGUCCGGGAUAGGAAAAGAGUAACAGUUACAAUUGGUCUCACUGUAGCGACUGCAGUCAGUCCUAAAAAUGCAGAUAUUCUGGAUGUCGUGGGAAUGAUUUAUAUUGGAGGAUUGCCCAAGAACUACACAACAAGAAGAAUUGGCCGUGUACUCUACAGUAUAAAUGCUUGCAUCCGUAACUUUAAGCUGAACAACAAAACCUUAGACCUGGAUAAUCCAACUUCCAGCCUUGAUGUUGGUGUCUGUUUUCUUAAUAGUCAAAGAGGAAAUUAUUUUGAUGGAACAGGAUUUGCUAAAACAGUUGCACGAUAUAGAGUUGGAACAGAUUUACGAAUUGAGUUUGACUUCCGAACUUCGCAAAGAGAUGCUGUCUUGUUGGGAAUCAGCAGUCAGAGAGUGGAUGGACUGGGUAUUGAAUUAGUUGGUGGAAAAAUAUUUGUUCACAUAGACAAUGGAGCUGGCAUAUUUACAGCUGUCUAUGACCCUCUACGCUUCAAUGCCUUGUGUCAAGGACAGUGGCACAAUGUUGUAGUCAAUAAAGUUAAAUACAGUUUGGAACUGAUAGUUGAUGGAGAGAGAGUUGAAAGCAGGAGCCCGAGCGUAACCUCCACUGCAACUGAUACCAAUGAUCCAGUCUUUGUUGGAGGGUAUCCAAGUGACAUGAAACAGUUAGCAUUGACCAUUGAUACUCCUUUCAAGGGUUGCAUUCGUAACCUGAAACUAACGAAGGGAACACAGACUCUAGAAGUUGAUUUCAGCAAAGCAAUUGAGCUCAAGGGAGUUCAACCCCUUACUUGUCCUGCGUAGUGAAAUCUACUGCUUUGUUUUGAACAAAGAUGAAUGUAUGUGGUUUGGAAUAAGCCUACAUAACUUGUACAUGGCAACAUAUUUUUGGUGGUUCAAUUGAAACAAUCUCUUCAUGUUACAUUAAUAUGUUCCUAUCUGUACUAAUAAUUAUCACUAAAACUAUUUCCUCAGUUUUCAUUUACUCAUUAAAAUUAAAAUAAGUACUCUUUCAUCCUACAAA